AUGGCUUCGUCAAUUACACCCGCUCAGGCUGAGCUCAUCAGCUCUCUCGCGCCUGAAGACAUUCCCGUCAAGCUGCGAUGCGCCAUAUGUAGCGAAUUGGCUGUGAACGCCUUCCGCCUGCCUUGCUGCGAGCAGGCCAUCUGCGAGACAUGCCAGUCUUCACUACCGGCAUCAUGCCCCGUCUGCGAGCACUCGCCAGUCUCCGCCGACGACUGUACGCCUCACAAGUCUCUGCGAACGACGAUCAAGGUCUUUCUUCGAACCCAAGAAAAGAAGCGGGAGGAGGCGCGAGCCAAGGAGAAGGAAUCUGCGCCCCCGACGCCCAUCGAUGUGAAGCCGAGCGCGUCGCUACCUGCCCCGAACGAUUUUCCGGCUGUGCACGCAGAGGCGUCUCCGCAACCUGCUGAAAAGGCGCAUGCCGACGACAAGACGGACGCGGAAGCCGCGCCAGCUUCGGCGGCGGAGGCGACCGCUCAGAACGAAGCCGAUGUGGCUGAUGCCCCAAAUGAUGUUUGUGCUUUCCGCCUAACACGGGAUGCUGAGCUCCGCUUACACCUUCACCAGGACGCGCAGGACCACGACGAGGAGCCCGGCCUCUCUAAGGGAGAUGACGAUGAUAACGAGACCGUCAUCAUCACUGGCGACGAAGACGCGGCGACCGCACCCAGGCGAGGGUCUCAACAGGACGAUGACACCGCGGAGAACGGUAACGACCAAGGCGACGACGCGAGCACGAACCCGAACAUGAGCUUUAACUCGAUGAACGGCGGAAGCUUCCCGAACAUGAGCUUCAAUGGAUCUGGCGACUUUAGCCAGAUGCAGAUGAUGAUGGCCAUGCAGAACGGCAUGGGCGCCAAUUCUUUUGGCAACUUUCCUAUGAUGGGUAUGCCAGGUAUGGGUAUGGACCCAAUGGCGAUGCAGAACAUGUACAUGAACGGCGGCUAUGGUCCUCAAGGCAUGGGCAUGGGAGGCUUCGGCGGUGGUUUCGGCUCAGGCUCCAAUAACUGGAACGGGCAACAAUCAUGGAAUUUCGGCCAAGAUAAUUUCAAUUCUGCUAAUGCUGCUGGCAUGGGAUCUGGUGACUUUGGCAACUAUAACUCAGGAUUCCAGUCAGGGUACAAUCAAGGUAAUUUCGGUCACCAAUUCAAUGAUUACCGCCGCAACAACUACGGCAACCGUGGACGUGGAAGGGGACGCGGCUACUACGGCGGAGGCUACGGUCGAGGCGGAUACCAACAGUAUGGCGGCUACGGGGACCACGGUCAGAUGCAACAGCAGUACGGUUCCAACUACAGCCAGGGCGCCGGUGACGCGAGCCGCACCGACAGCAAUAUGGAUGAGUUUGGCCGCGAACGAAACCCUGACCAGGACGAGAAAUCAAACGCGGGAGGAGACAAUGCAGAUGGCGGAGACGGCUCUAAACCCGUGAACGAGGGCGGGAACGAGUCUGGUCCUAUUGAUGCAUCCGCGCAAGACGCAGACAACGCAAACAUGGCACAGGAUGGUGACUAUUCUGCCUACAGUGGUAACAACAUGAACGGAGGUUAUGGGCCGCCAGGAUUCUCAAACCAGAACCAGGGAUUUGCACAGCCCGAUGUUCCUUUGAAUGCUCCCACGGGACCCAAGGCCAUGCGUCAAGGCCUACCGAACACUAGCCUGCAUACCCUGCGGGCUCGAGGAUACGUCGUCGCCGAUGAACAGGCCCAAGAGUCGCCAGUAGAUGGCCCUGACCAGCAACAACAAGAGUCCAACGUGGAGCAGCCCCGAUCUAGAAGUAACUCUUCGACGCGCGCCAAAGAUAAGGACAGGAGCCGUCGUCGUGACGUUAGCAGAGAUCGUGAGAGGGAGCCCGACAGCCGGUCUGAAAGGGAAUACAGCGCCCGAGACCGCGAGUACUCUAGAUCACGCUCACGCACCAGGGAACCUAGCAGAGAACGCAAGAGCGAUCGCAGUGAUCGUGAUCGCGACCGCGACCGCGACCGCGACCGUGACCGCCAUAGGCGUAGACGCAGGCGCUCCGAGUCCAGAUCCGUGGCCGGAGAUCGUGACCGCGGUGAACGAGACGAUGAGUACCGUCGCAAGAAGCACAAGAGCAGGAAGCACAACGCGUACGGCGACGAGGAUGACACCAAGUCCCGUUCUAGAGAUGAUGGGUACGAGGAGAGAUCAAGGUCUGCCUCCCCUAGCGACUCAAAGAGAUCCAGUCACCGAAGCCAUAGGGACCGUGACGAGAAACGGCGAGACCGCGAGAAGGACAAGAAUCGGGACGACGACUACGACCGCCAUCGGAAGUCGAGUCACCGCUCCCAUCGGGACAGAGAUCGCGACAGGGACCGUGAUUAUGACCGGGACCGCAAGAACCGGGAUCGCGAUAGGGACCGCGAGAAGGACCGCAAGCGUGACAAGCACAGGGAUCGCGACCAUCGGCACCGCGGCAGCCGCAAGCACUCGCCGGAGCCAUCGCCUUUAGAGAAGGAUUUCAACCCGCCCGCCGGGCCACGCGGCAACGCUUCGGGGCUCGAAAUUAGGGGGGCAAGCUCGAAGCCUGGCAAGUCGUCGGAACGACAAGACUCUGGCAGACGGGGUUCACAAGCGUCCGUCAACAGCAAGUCUGCGCCUGCAGCCACCAAGGACCCGCACGCCCUCGAACGCGAAGCGAGAGACCGUGAGCGUCUGCUCAAAGAGACGCAACGUAUGGCGGGCCUUGCUGGUCUUGCGGGCAUUAAGCGCAGCAGAGACGACGGGGGCGGCGAUGACGGGAAGCGAAGUCGCCGGAAGGGACGGCGUAGUGAGGCCAUCAGUAUGGACGACGAGGAAGAGCGUAUGCAGAGGAUGGAGGCCGAGAGGGAAGGCUCCCGCUUCCGUUAG